AUGGAGGCCGUACCGGCUGCCACUUUCUAUGAGGUCGUGAGCAUAACGGUUCCCGUAACGGUCGGCAGGGAAGGGGUCCUGGAAAUCCAUGCGGAGUUGUUCGCCGGGUCCAUAUACACAGGUUGGGCAAUGUUUGGCGAAUUCGGGAUGGGCUGUAGCAUAUGCGAUAGCGGCCUUGAUGUCGGCGCCAGGGGCAACUCCGGAACUAUGGGACCAAUCCUGGCGAUAAGGGAGAAUGCCCAAGACGGUUUGCCAUCAGCGUCCGUGCCGUGUCGAAGGAGCUUGUGCUCGAUGUUGUUAAUGAUAUACGGUUGGUUCUGGAUUCGAGUUAAAAACUUGUUCCAUCAUGUGGCCUUUGGACAAAGUGGUACGAGUAUGGCGGUGGUAGCGCCAGUGGUUAUAACAGUUUCGAGGAGUGCCUGA